AUGCCAGAUCUGCCUCUGCCUCUGCCUCUGUUACGUGCGUGGUGGAACGUUGAGCGAGCACUCUGUAUUCACGUGCGAAACGGCCAGCUCCCGCUCGUCCCAAUCAACUACGCAGCCCGACAUUCCUGCAUGCUCGUUUUCGACGUGCAGUGCUCGCGAUGCGAUGCAUUGAAUUCUUUGUUACGCUGCUGCGGCCUGACAGGACCUGCUAACGUGUUUGCACAGGCGCCAUUCUCCAGCAGCAGAUGCCGCUCCACGAUUACACCCUCUCCUCGGACCACGACUACAGCGAUCAAUAUCCGGGCCAUGCAAACCAUCAACCCUACGCGACGGGAGGCGCCGCAGACCAUCACAUGCGACGCGAUGGAGCUGCUGCUCUGCAAGCUCCAGCUCCUUUCGCAUUCACGGCCGCCAAUAGUGCGAAUGGGGCUCGCUACGUCCCGGAUCGCAGCGACGCCAGCAGGUGA